AUGCCGGCCAUCAACAGCGGAACGAUCCUCGUCACUGGAGCCUCGGGCUUCCUCGGCACUUACAUUGUGCAGGAGCUGCUGAAGCGCGGGUUCAAGGUCCGCGCCGUUGUCCGUGACGACAAGAAGGGAGAGUACAUGCAGAAGAACUGGCCUGGAACCGAAUAUGUGAUUGUCAAGGACAUGAACGCGCCCGGCGCCUACGACCACGUCGUCGACGGCAUCGCCGGUAUCAUCCACGUCGCCUCCCCUCUCGACGUCUCGAACACCGGCCACCCCGACGAGGUGAUCGGCCCCGCUGUCGUCGGCGUCGAGAAUCUCCUCAAGGCUGUCGAGGGCUCCAAGACGCUCAAGAGGUUCGUGCAGAUCGGCUCUAUCGCCGCCAUCGCUGGACUUCCCGACGGAACGCCCAAGACGUACACUGAGGAGACUUGGAACGAUGCCGCCGUCGACGAGUGCUACAAGCUCGGCGCCCCCGCCCCCGGUCCUCUCAAGUACAUCGCGAGCAAGAACAAGGCGGAGCGCGCGUUCUGGAAGUGGUUUGAGACCAAGCGUAGCUUUGACGCCGUCGCCAUUCUUCCCGGCAUGAUCCUCGGUCCGCCCAAGGAGUACGGCUCUGACAAAGCCAUUGGCGGCACGAACUCGUGGGUCGCCGCGUUCGCGGGCAAGGACAACUUCGGCACCGACUUCGAGUUCUGGUCGACGGUGGACGUGCGCGACGUCGCGGACGCAACCGUAUCUGCGCUUUCGGUCCCCGAGGCCGCCGGCGAGCGCUUCAUCAUUGCCGCCGCGCCCCUGUUCGGAAACGAGGUCGCGGCCAUUGCCGAGGAGUACUUCCCCUCCGCCCCGACCAAGGCGAACAAGGACCCUGCGUUCCAGAAGCAGCAGAAGGACCGCGCCACUGUCUUUGAUGGCUCGAAGGCGACCAGGAUCCUCGGCACGCAGUACCGCCCCAAGGAGGAGAGUAUCCGUGACCUGUUUGAGGUUGUCAAGUCGAGGCAGUAG